AUGGCUAUGGCCACCACUAAAAUGGAAUCAACUUCAUCGUCGUCCUCAUCGUCGCCCAACGUCAGCAAUGUCGCGAAUUAUUGGUGUUCCAACUACGAAAGCUUAACGAUCAAGCCUGAAUACGAUGAUGUCUUCUCCUUACCUGCCCAUCUCCCCUUCAGUGAUGCCUACGCCUAUGGUUACGAUUCUGGAAUUUUUCAAACAGGAGGAAUAUUAGGGUUUUCAGAAACUGGUUUUGAUUAUCAUCCUCUCUCCAUUGCAGACAUGUUCUUGAGCUUUCCAGAUUAUGCUCCAAAUCAUCCCCACAUUUCAAUUGGGGGAGAUGGACAGUACAAUUACAGCACUGAAUUCGAAGAUUGGGCAGUGUUCGAUCAAUCUCAGCAGCCACAUCAACAAUCAAUGGAAGAUUAUGAUUUUAAUUUUGAUAACAAAUGUAUUGAAGAUACUAUCAAGAAUCGGGAUGAAGACAAAUCAGGAGUUAAAAGAUCAUUGGGAGGAAUCGAAGAAGUCAUUAACAGUACCAACAGCAAGAACAAUACUAACAACAAUUAUUCGAAUUCGAAGGAUUUGUCGAAGGAAACAAUUUCACAGUACUUUUACAUGCCAAUAACGAAGGCUGCGAGGGAGCUGAAUGUCGGACUAACUCUUCUAAAGAAAAGGUGCAGACAAUUGGGGAUUCAGAGAUGGCCACAUCGAAAACUCAUGAGCCUACAAACCCUAAUUCGAAAUGUCCAGGAAAUGGGGAAGGAGGGAGGGAUGGUGGAAGAAACCAUAGAAGAUCUAGAGAUUCAGAAAAGAACAAUGGAGGAAAUUCCCGACAAGGAAAUCGAUUGCAGAACGAAGAGAUUAAGACAGGCCUGCUUCAAGGCUAAUUACAAGAAGAGAAAGUUGUCAUCGUCUGCAUCUGAUUUUCCGAAUUGUAGUUACCCUAACCCUAAUUGUAGUAAUGGUAAUGGCAACUGCAGCAGUUGGGUAUUCAUGGAGGGCCAAGAUAAUGAUGAGUUCUUCAACUCUUGCUAA